UUAAUGUGGCAAUCUUCAUUGCCUGUCUUCAAGCAAUGGCGCUCGCGACGCUUCUUCUGGCUCUCCUGCUGACCGGGGCGGGUGCUAGAGCUGACACAAACCCUUGCGGUGCCACGGGGCAAACGCCGUACGAUUACAAGCAAGCACUAUGCAUGAGUAUCCUAUUUUACGAAGCCAACCGGUCAGGCAGGCUGCCUCCUGACUUGCGCUUCGACUGGCGGGGAGACUCCGCUCUCGAUGAUGGCAGCGAUGUGGGAGUUGACCUCACGGGCGGAUAUUACGAUGCGGGAGACCACGUGAAGUUUGGCUACCCGAUGGCCUACACGGUGACGGUGCUGUCCUGGGGCCUCUUAUCCUACCGGGCGGGAUACGAGACUGCAGGUCAAGUAGAGUACGUGGAAGCAGCCAUCCGCUGGGGCACUGACUACUUCCUCCGAGCGCACUCCGGCGACAUGCUCUUAUGGGGACAGGUAGGGGAAGGCCAAGUCGAUCACUCGUACUGGGGACGCCCGGAGGAGAUGACCAUGAGUAGGCCGUCUAUGAAGAUAGACGUCAACGCUCCAGGAUCAGACUUGGCGGGUGAAACGGCAGCUGCUCUCACGGCGGCAUCAUUGGUUUUCCAGGAUGGCGAUCCGGCUUACGCUGCCGUUUGCCUGGAAGCUGCCAAGAAUUUAUUCGAUUUUGCUGACCAGUAUCGACUGAUGUACCACGAGUCCAUUACGGAUGCGGCAAAUUUUUACAAGUCGUUCAACGGUUACGGGGACGAAUUAGCUUGGAGUUCCAUGUGGCUUUAUAAAGCCACUGGCGAUGAAAUCUACGCCACCAAAGCGAAGGAAUAUUGGGUUGAAUUUGAUGUCCAUUACAACGGUUAUGGCUUCAGCUGGGACAACAAAUUUGCCGGGGCACAGAUCUUGUACGCGGAGGAGUUCAGCGACCCUGAGUACAGUGAGGCCGUGCGCUACUUCCUCGAGAGCAUGAGGAGUCGAGAGCACACACCGGGAGGUCUCUUCUUCCUUGAUCCCUGGGGGUCGCUCAGACACGCUGUCAAUGUCGCUUUCAUUGCCUUCAAGGCCGCUGAUCUCGGCAUAGACACGGAAGUGAACAGAGCCUGGGCAGAGCAGCAACUGAACUACGCGCUCGGAUCCUACGGACAUUCCUACAUUGUUGGCUUUGGCGUGAACCCACCCGAGAGACCGCAUCACCGAGCCAGCUCGUGCCCCGACAUGCCGGAAGCCUGUGUAAGUGACUGGGCGCAGAACCAGCCCGGGCCUAACCCUCAGGUACUCUACGGAGCCAUGGUCGGAGGUCCAGACCAGACGGACGGCUACUCAGACGAGCGCAUGGACUACAUGCACAACGAGGUUGCCUGCGACUACAACGCUGCCCUCACCGGUGCCCUCGCUCAGCUCGUCAUUCUUUAUCAAUAAAAUGUACAGCUUUCGCUUGAUUAUUAUAAAAUAUUCAGAAACAAUUGGUUAAUUAAAAGACUUUUCACUUUCGUCUCUAGAACAUUUUUAUUGCAGCGUUCCACAUACCAUAAUUGAAAAAUAAAUAUGUAUUGUCUGAGACUAUCAUCUUGGUCAAAUUUUUAGUUGCGCCAGCGCAUUUUUUUACGCUAACUUUCACUGUAUCAAAUUUCGUCCCAUUCUUCAAUUCACAUUUUUGUUGCGUAAAUUUGUAUUAUGUUUUGUGAUAAUUGUAAGAUCAUUAUCGCAUUAUUUUAUAAAUUGAGAAGGAAUAGGAUAAAUUGAUUACAUGAGCUGUCACUGGUACUCGAUUAAAUAAAUGUUGGCAUGACA